UUGAACUAUAUUUUUAUUUAACUUUUAUUCCUUUUGCGAUAUCUAGUCCAGCAGUUAUUUUCCUUUCCGUUGUUUUUGUCGCCAUCGUCGUUGACAAAGAUACCACGGCCCAAGAUACCACGGCCUCACUUUCCAGAGUUAGCUAAAGUAACCGCACAACUUGAAGUCUUUGUGACACUAUAGAAGAGGGGAUUCAUUCAUGUAAUUUGAGAUUCUUUGAAUGUAAACAAACACGUUGAAAGAAUGAAACAGCCACGAUCGAAAUCAGAAACGGCAGAACAACUUGACGACACAGACGCUUCUGUGGAUUAUCAAAAUUUUGAGAACGAGAAUCUUCCUGGAGAAGAAAGAGAACGAGAAGAAGACUUAGAAUUUGUGAAUCCAUUAUUUAAACAAAAGCCUCGAUUAUUUAACAGUACUAUUGACAAAAUAGACGACGAAGAUUAUUCGAAAUUAGCUUUUCAGAAUUCAGCAACAAAUACACCUAAGGACUCGCCUAUUCAAACAGUAAAGAAGAAACCAGAACAAAUUGAAAUGGGUGUAAAGAAUUACGGGUACAUGAAUGAAAACUCAUCUCGUCCCGCGUCAUGGGAUAGCACUUUGUCGGCGUUCAAUCCCUAUGCUAUUGAUACGCCGAUUGGAGAACCAGUUAACGCACGUCACCCAAGUGUUGGCAUGGAAAUGUCGGAGUCCCCACCGACACACAGGCAAAACUCCAUCACUAAAAAAUCAGACUACAGUUCAAUAAGCGAUGUAAAUCCGUACAUGACACCGACGGAAAAGAGCCCACAAUACGAAGAUCUAGCUGGUAUUCGAAAUAAUCACACCAACAAUAAACAAAUUAUCCCAAGUUCAAGCAAAAAAAUGAAUAUGAUAUAUGAACCAGCAGUUAUUUCGCGUCAUAGCGAAACAUAUCGAAAAAAAACUUCAGUGAGUGAGGAAGGCAGUUACUCGGAUAAUUCGAGUUACUGUCAUCUCAUGUUUACAAUCUUGAUUGGUAUUUUAGCCAUUGUGGCUUUGUUGAUCGCCUUUUUGGUUGUUUUUGGUGUCGUCAGCGCGAAGAAAUGUAAAGAAUGUGACGUCACUACAGUCUCCACAGGCGCGGCUACGGGUGGUAUUGACCAAAAAGAGUUGGAUUUACAACUCGCUUAUAUCAAAGGGAAUCUUACGCUGCUUCAAAAUGUUUUGCAUGCAAACUCAUCUGUUACCAUAGCAACGUUGCAGCGCGACUUAGAUGCUCAAAAAUCCUUGGUUGCCUCGCUUACUACACAACUAAAUAAACAAAAACAGCUUACAGCCUCGCUUAACCAGCAUACUCGAUCACUCCAGUUUAAAGUUAAAAAACUAAACGAAACUGUAAACCUUAAAACACACGAACUUCAAGUAAAGCUUCAAAAGACCGAGAAAAAUGUAUCAACUUUUAAAAAUUCACUUCACAAGACUAAAUCGCAAGCAAUGGAGGCGAUCAAGAACCAGACAAGUUAUUUUACAAAUAUAAUGAAAGAAAAAGUAUCUUUAUCGAAUUAUUCAACAUUCAAGGAGGCUACCUUGAAAUCUCUUCAGAAUAUCACCUUAAAGGUUACUGUAAACAUGAUGAAUUAUCACAUGAUAAGUAGCAACAUCAAAACACUGGAUGCAUCAUUAAAUGAUACAAAUAACGAAGUUGCUGCGUUAACUAAUUACACCGACCGUCUUCAUGACAAUUUAACGGCCGUCGUAAACAAGGUUUCAGCUGGUGGUGGCAAGGGGUCGUGCACACGUAAAUCUGGCAAAAGUCAUUCGUCAAAUGCAGUCAGUUCAACUGUAGCAAAUGCCUACACACCUCUAAAUUUUGAUUGGAACACUAUUACAAGCGCAAGUUGUAGUGGUAACGCUGUUUCUGCCAUACUAAUGAAAGAUGACGUCAAUAAAAGGUUUUAUUGCCAAUGCAUUGGAGUGUACAAAGAUAACAGCUCUCAGGAUUGCAUCAUUGAUUAUUGGGUGUGUCCUAAAUAAAUGAUUUAAACUUUCUAUGUCUGGUACAUAGACUAUAAUUUUAAGAUGACAUCAGAAUCGACAAAGCUUUGCUGAGCAAAGAAUUGCUUUACUUCGCCAUGUUGACUAUCACACUACAAAUUUUAUGUUGGUAUGCUGGGCAUAUUUAUUCGGAUUUAAAGAAAGCGUGUGAUUUUUUCUGUGUAGGAGAGCGAAAUAAUUCGAGUUCUGUCAAGUUCUAUGUCGUUUUGCGGCAUUGACAAUUUCCGCUUUUAUUCAGUUGCACUUCAGAACAAACAGAGAAUGUCAUAUUUGCUUUUUUGUGUGGUCAUAACAAAUAUCACAUGUGAAUAGAAAAUGUGUAUGUAAAAAUUUUAUCAUAUUCUUCUCGUAAGUGAGUCCACAGUUCUUAUCUUGUUUAUAUCUUCGCUUUGUUUAUAAUGUAUAUAACAAUAACAAAUAUGUUCACACUUACUAUAUUGUAAAUAUUUGUAGAAAAUUCUUAACUUUAUUACCACCCAGCUUGCUGGUUUGGCUGUCUGUCCUGUCUCCUCCUUAGGGACCCUAUCUCCUCCUUAGAUGAUUUAUGAGAAGAGAUAAUGGCAAUUCUUUU